CACCAUGCCACUCGGGAUCCUGUCAUACAUCAUGCUCUGGUAUACCCCACAGGACACCAUGUCCCCUGCCUUCAGUUUCAGCUGGUACUUCAUAUGGUGUUGUUUGUUUGACACCUUUAUGAGUUGCUACCAUGUGCCAUAUUCCUCCCUAAACAUGUUUCUUGGGGGAAAUCAGAAGGAUCGAGACUCAGCUACUGGAUACAGAAUGGGCAUGGAAGUGUUCGCCACACUGGCAGGAGCCACCAUUCAGGGGCAGAUAGUCGGGGUUCACCAUGCCAAGAGAACACACGAUUGCAGUUUACAGAACAGCACGCAAGAGCUUUCCGGAAACUACACUGGCCCACUGGAUGGCAUUUCUGACACUUUACAAAAUACAAGAAGAGCCUAUUUGACUGGCGCACUUGUGUUAGGAAUGCUGUACUUUCUGUGCUGCCUCAUACUUUUUCUUGGAGUGAAGGAACAGUUGGCGCCUCUGAGUAACCUGGACCGCAUAAAUGUCCCCUAUCUAACCGGAAUGAAGAUGGUUGUGGGACACACUCCAUAUGUGCGGCUUGUGUUUGGCUUCCUCUUUUCUUCGCUAGCCUUUCAGAUGGCUCAGGGGAAUUUUGCCCUCUUCUGUACUCAUGCAGCAAAUAUGGGAGGAUAUUUCCAGCAUCUUGUUCUUAUAUUACUGACAUCAGCGACAAUAUCCAUCCCAAUGUGGCAGACAAUUUUAGUCAAAAUAGGAAAGAAGACCACCAUAUUCAUCGGCCUUUCAGUUUAUAUCCCAGCUCUAACUGUAAUAUCUCUAGUGAACAGUAAUUUACCCGUCUUCAUUAUUAUGUCGGUGAUAUCUGGCACAAGUCUGGCAGCCCUCUAUCUACUCCCUUGGUCGAUGCUGCCAGAUGUAGUGGAUGACUUUAAAGUCAAGAACCCGUUGUGCCAGGAUCUAGAGCCACUGUUCUACUCCUGCUAUGUGUUCUUUAACAAAUUUGGAGGAGGAUUGUCUGUUGGAGUGUCUACCUUGGUACUACACUUUGUAGGAUACAAGCCUGGAGCUUGUAAACACAAUGAAAAGGUCAUUUACGCACUCCGGAUUCUCUUUGCCCCUGUGCCCAUCUGCCUGAUUCUCAUUGGCAUGGUGCUUUUUUACUUCUAUCCCAUCAAUGAAGAGCGACGGCGGAAAAUCCAGGAAGCUUUAAGCAAAGCAGGGACAGAGAACGGCUUGAAAGGAGAAGAAGAAAUAAUUCUAUGAAGAAAUCAGUGACUGUCUCUACUUUUGUAACUUUGUAGCAGCUAUUGAUCAUGAACUUGCUUUGCUUCAUCUCAGUGUAAAGGUUUUGGGAUUUUUUUAAAGUCCUGCUCAAGGGGACCCCGACUCUUUUUAAGAGUCUCACUAAUCUCAGACUCAUUCCCGGGCAUGGAGAUCUCUUCUAAUGAGCUGACGAGAUGAAUAAAAAGACAUUCAAGCCAUACAGUGCUGCAAGGCACUCAGGACAAUUUAAAAACAUUAGUGUGCUUAAAGGUGCAGUGUGUAUUUCUUCACCAUAUCAGACAAAUAGAUUGAUGUGAGUGUAAACAGCACUUAUAUUUAACAGUUGACAGUUUAAUGACACAAUGAUUACUAGAUUACAUUUACAUUUUACAUUUACAUUUAGUCAUU